CACGUUGCUACCGGACAAUCUUGCAAAACUUGAAAUAUUAAUGUAUAUAUGUAUUUUCUAUCGCGAAGAAUAAUAGUUAUGGCAUUGAAGUGCUGUAUAGUUUGACAAUUUGUAAGAAUUUUAAGAAAUGCACAUAAUAGUAUAAUUAAUGCACUAUUCUGUUUUCGAAGAAGACAAAAGAAUAUACUAUUUUAACCAGCAUUUUCAUAAUCGAAAAUAUCAAAAAUUAUUACCAAAUAUUUUUAACAAAUUUAUAGGUUAUUUAAUGAAAUCCAGUACUUCUUUUAGAUAAAAAUGGCAUCCCGAUUUAGUGGAGCUUUACAAUUAACAAAUUUGGAUGAUUUUAUCACUCCAUCGCAGGAAUGCAUUAAGCCUAUUGAAAUUCAAACAUCGAAGAGGAAAACUGGAGCAAGUAUAAAAAUAGAGGAAGAUGGUGUGCCUUCAAUGUUAAAUGAAAUUGGAGAACCUGAAAAAUUACAAAAAGUUGAAAUUACCCUUGCUGAUUGUUUAGCUUGUAGUGGGUGUAUAACGUCAGCAGAGAGUGUAUUAGUAACGCAACAAAGUCAAGAAGAACUAUUGCGGGUGUUCAGUGAAAAGAUGGCUCAAUGUCAGGAUGGUGAUGGUACAUGUUCAAUGUACAUAGUAGUCAGCCUGUCUGUACAAGCUGUCUUAUCUAUAGCAGAACGUUAUAGUCUUAAUCCCGAAGAAACAGUACAUAAACUAGCUGGAUACUUUUAUGGAUUAGGGGCAGAUUCAGUUUUGGACAUGACUGCAGCUGAUGAUUUUGCUCUUCUAGAGUCAGCCAAAGAAUUUGUAGAUCGUUAUAAAGCAGCUAAAAGAGGUGAAAAAGAUCAGCUACCAAUGUUAUCUUCUUCUUGUCCAGGUUGGGUGUGCUAUGCAGAAAAGACUCAUGGCAACUUCAUACUUCCAUAUAUCAGUGUAACAAAGUCUCCUCAACAGAUCAUGGGAUCAUUAGUGAAAUAUCAUUUAGCUGAAACUAUGGGUCUCCCGCCAGAGCAAGUGUAUCAUGUUACUCUAAUGCCUUGUUACGAUAAAAAAUUAGAGGCAUCUAGAGAAGAUUUUUACAAUCAGCAAAGAAAAUCUAGAGAUGUAGAUUGUGUAGUAACCCCAAUUGAACUAGAACAAAUGCUUAAUGAAUGCAACUUAACAUUGAAUGAAGUAAAAGAACAAAAAAUUAAAAAACCAUUUGGGUCAGGAAUUACUAAUAUGAAAAAUGAUUUAUAUGCUCAUAAUGGUUCUGGAUCUGGUGGCUAUGCAAACUUUAUUUUACGCUAUGCUGUGAAGCAUUUAUUUGAGGAAAAUGAUGUACAUGUUGAAUUUAAAGUUCUCAAAAAUCCUGACUUCCAAGAAGCGGUAUUUCAAAAGAAUGGAGAAGUACUUUUAACAUUUGCUAUUGUUAAUGGAUUUAGAAAUAUACAAAACCUUGUACAAAAGUUGAAACGACGAAAGUGCCCAUAUGAUUAUGUUGAAGUUAUGGCUUGUCCCUGUGGGUGUCUUAAUGGAGGAGCUCAAAUUAGACCCUUAAAUAACAUUCAACCACGGGAGUUAGCAUCAAAAUUAGAAUCUGUAUAUCAUGAACUUCCUCAAAGUGAUCCUGAUAAAAACGAAACUGUUAAGAAAUUGUAUAGAACUUGGUUAGAAGGAGAGAAUACAGAUAAAGCUUUAGCAUAUUUCCAUACGGAAUACCAUGAAAUAAAAAAAAUGAAUACAGCUCUUGCAAUAAAAUGGUAAUUAUAGCAAGUAUGACAUGUAUUACUAUUAGUUUGUUAUAUAAAGGAUAUUAAAGUGGAUAUACAAUUUGUAUUCUAAAUUUAUGUACAUUUUCGACAUUGUAAAUAAUUUAUGAAAUAAAAAUUUAUGUAUUUAUUCAAAAAUAAAUAUUUAACCUAAAA